GCAUUCCAGUAUAAAACAGAUUAUUGCAGUUGUGGGACGUUUUUUGUUUGCAUUGUUUUAUUGUGCAGUUUGUGUAAUUUAUGUAACUUUUGUGUAUUUUUGUGUAAAAUAAAUAGCAACAAUGUCCGAUGCGCCCGCUGUGCUCUUUACAAUAACAAUUCCAACUGCUCAGGAGGAACAGCGACUAAAGGAAAACUACAAACGACAGUUGAACGAAGAAGAUGGGACAGCAACAACAACAACGACAACAUCAAGAACAACAACAACUUCGACUUUGAGGAGCACGUUGUCAUCGCAUGCCGAGUUAUUGCAACCAGCUGCAUGUGCAACACAGCUGACAGAUGGGGCAACGUCACAGACCGAGGAUCUUGCCACCAUGCCACUGGACACCGCUAUGGAGCACGUGCUGCGCCAGCUACUGCGUAAAUUCCAAAUAUCGAAUGCUGUGUGGAUGCGCAGCCUAGAUUCGAACGCCUAUCAGAUCACCUUCACCUUGGAGUUCAACGAGAUUUACGAGAGUCUUUACGAUGCACUGCAGCAGUGGGGCAUCGGAGAUCGCGAGGGUUCCACGGUGUCAGUGUUGAACUGCAUCGCCUCCAAGUCGUCUACAGAUAGUAGACAGCAGUCAGAAAGUAAACCCGCUGAUUCAGCCAGCAGUGAUAACAAUAACCAUCCGCAUGGCACUUGGAAUCGCUUCAUGAACUCGGUGCGCUCGCGUCUCAAUGUGGCGCAAAUAGUGCGAGAUGUGCGCCAGGAUGCGACCAUCACCUUUGACUUUUGCAUACUGCUCAUCUCGGCGGCCAUUCUCGCCUCCUUUGGCCUCGUGGAGAACAGCACCAUCUUCCUGGCCAGCAGCAUGCUCAUCUCACCCUUGAUGGGUCCAAUUAUAGCUUCCAUCUUUGGCACUGUGAUCGAGGAGCGUUCGUUACGUCGUCUGGGCAUGCGCAACGAAAUCAUUGGCAUCCUGAUGGCCACGCUGGUGGGUUUCCUCUUUGGCCUGGUCGUCUGCACGACGGACAAGAAAUACGGCAUUGGCGAAGGACUCACCACGGAGAUGUUGUCACGCUGCGAUCUUCAUUCUCUGGUUGUGGGCAUCUUUACGGCCAUUCCAUCGGGUGCAGCAGCUGCCAUUGGCAUCUUGGGUGGCAAUAUUGGUUCGCUGGUGGGCGUGGCGAUCUCUGCCUCACUGCUGCCACCAGCUGUCAACUCGGGACUGCUUUGGGCUGUCGCCUGCAUCUACAAGAUCUUCGAGAACGACGAUUCGCUGUACAAGGAUGUGGUCAAGUCGCGACACUACUCCAAGAAUCAGGCCACCGAGUUGGCUGUCUUGGGCAGCAUUAGCAUGUGCUUGACACUCUCCAACAUUCUGUGCAUCUAUGUGAUGGGUAUUCUGGUGUUGAAGGUGAAGCAGAUUGCUCCAGUUAUUGGACGCAGCAAUCGUCAGUUCUGGACGCGUGACAUCAAGGUGCCCCGAAGCGAUGCAGCCAUCAUUGAUGAGAUGCUGGCCAGUCUCACCAAGGACGACACUCAAGUCAUCAACGAGGCCUUUCUGCGGCACCUGGAUGAGUCGGCGUAUCAACACACUUGGUCGCCACGCAGCAUUCGCCACAGUUUCUCCACUCAGUUGCCAGUGGCUGAUGUGGCCACCAUUCACCGCCUGGAGGAGCUCUACACGCAGUCGUUGUCCAUACCGGAAGAGACAAGGCGUCCUAAUGGCAUAGCACGUCGUCACACACGUGCCGGAGACAUUCAGGAUACGCGACCCCGCUUCGCCAGCAUGCCCUCACAUCGGAUUCGGACUCACAGAGAACAUCUUGUGCCGGAGACUGUGAUAAAUUUGCCUGUGCCACGCUUUACGGUGACACCUGCCAUAGAAGAGCAGCCGUUACACAAACAACAAGAGGACACUUGAGUUUAAGUUGUUCACUGAACCAAAGCUUUAUGUAACAAAUUUUUGCAAAUAGAAACUAAAAAUCAA